AUGUCCAUAUGGGCACCCUGGGCAUCUAUUGGCCGUGCUCGCCUACGACUGGACCAUAUAACGGGUGCUCUACGCCAAUACCCUAGCUUCUAUGUUCAUACCAAUGCACCCGGAUGGGACGGGAUCAAGCAGCACAAAUAUCCUAGCAAGAAGGCAGACUCGGCUGUCUUUGAAGCGAAACUGUCGGAAUAUACUAAGCUGGGAAAGGCAUCGAAGACAGUCGAGCCGCCGUCCUCGACUGUUGAAGUCCUCAUACAGUGCGUACGACAAGGCGAGUUCGAUACUGCCGAGCGUAUACGCAGCGAGCUGGUGCAGAUGGGAGUCGAAAUACCCUUGGAUCCCAUCUACGAAAAAGCUGCAACCGAAGUCCUAGGUUGGCCGAAUCCCGCGAACCAUGUCGAGGCUUUUUCCAGCUGGUUAGCCUUACUUCCAACCGCCGAUGCUUCAACAACACACGGAUUUCCAGACCUUGAGCACAGCCUCUUGAACUCACCUGCCCCCCACCAGCUGCCCUUAAUUGUCGCAUUUGCUCGCGCAUGCUAUUCCAAAGGUUAUGAAGGACUGGUCCGGACAUCGGUCGUUCCUACGGUCAAGUCUCUUGCGACGCCCGGUGAAUACCGAAAGUUCUUGAAAGAGACUGUGACUCUUGGAAAGAAGGUUAAAAGGGACUUGAUCCACGUUGGUGCUCAAUCACUCGGUUGCGCCAACCAAGGGCCACUGGCUGAUUUGAAUAACGUAGAGAACUUGGACGCGUCAGUGUCAAUGCACACUGCCAUUGCCCCCUCCCUUACCCCCUCCCUCAACCCGCCCUCAACCCAGGAAUCUCACAGUAUCUUCGAAGACCUUACGUUUGAAUAUUCCGCAGAUAACCAUGGUGACGUUCUCACAGAGAGCACACCGACGGAUAUCUGUCAAGCCCUCGUAGACUUGGUACAGUCCCAGAAGUAUGAGGAAGCAGAUCACCUCCUCGCGGAGAUGACUGCAUUCGGCAUUUCAAUUCCACCCUCAUUUGUCUAUGAGAAGGCUGCCGAAGCGGCCCUUCGUAGCCCGCAGACUUCUGAGGAACGUCUCGAUCAAUUCACCAAAUGGUUCUCGAUGAUCCCCGAUGCACGCAUGGCGGGCCGACGCAAGUUCUACUCUAUGCGGCGGUUCUUCUUCCUCUCCCGCGUGACGAACCUAUCCCUAAUUGCUCGCUUCGGGGUAAUAUGUGCGAGCAAGGGCUUCGCACACGACGUGUACUGGUUUGUGUUCGCGCCCCUCAUGCGGUAUGCGGACGAACAAGUCAGUGCUCAGUUUCUCAAGGACUUCGAGGACGCACACCAAACAUAUCUCGUCAGGGACUCGCCCUCUGACGCAGUUGCUGAAAUGCGCAGGGCCAGAAGGUCAUUCCGGACUGUGGCUAUCAAAGGAUUGGCCGCUUCUGGCCGGGAGGUAUUCGCCGUGCAGCUUCUCCCUACUGAAGAAGCCAUCGCAUCAGGCGAUGCCUUACCGCUUCCUGUCGAGGUAUUCACCCUUCUUGUGUCAAGAAUACGCCAGCUGCCUUCGAUGGAUGUAACGAUCAAACGGGCCCUCUUGGACAGAGUAAAUCAAUCGUUCAAGAGCGUCCUGGACGCCGACUACUCCCAGUACGAAUAUGCAGGCAUCCCAGCGGUUCCAAGCCCGCGAGGUGACGAAGACUCUGAGAGUAUUGUCGAACGCUUAUUGUUCCUGAAAAACACCAUCGCAACGGGAGAGCAAUUGAGGACAAAAUAUGUGGUCCGCACGAUGUCGCUCUAUCUUUCGACUGGUAGAACAAAGGCCAUCACUCUCCUCCGUAUCAAAGCAUUGCGAAGUAAUCCAUCCAUCGCCUUGGAAUUCAUCUUCGCCGAAAUGAUGUACUACCGGUCACAGCGCCUCUUCGAACUGGUCAUUGUCACUUUCUAUCAACACUUCUACCUAACUGGCGUGCCUCGAGAUGAGAUUCUUGUGCGCCUACGGGCUUGGAACGUACUCGAUGGGGGCGAAGGCAUUAAGGAGCAAUGGGAUGACAAGUACGCCAAACAUGGAAAGCUGUGGCCCACGCCGUAUCAUUGCUCCUUGGUGUGGCAUGCCCUGGUGGGUCUUAACGAGACACGCGAAGGGCUGGAGGCACUCUACGUCAAAUUCUGUCAGUACGCGGAGGGCCAUUCUGCCGAGGAUCCCGCACAAUUAGAGAGCCUCGGCGUGACUGAACCACCCCUACCGCCUCCGCCUUCUUGGAAACACAGAGUAGACGACUCAUCAUUCGUCCCUUUUAUACGUGCCUUAAAUGUCCGCUUUGGACCUACUCGCGGUGCAAAGGUUCUGAGUGAUAUGAUGAAGCUUGGGAUACCGCCUACCAUCUACGUAUUUACCGAGCUCGCGGGACGAUAUGCAAAGUUGGGCGAUGUCACCAGGGCGUUCCUAAUCCUGGACAGGCUGGAGGCGGCGAAUAUGAUGAAACCCGCUUCGACACCCGACGAGAUGAAAAGCGCUCUUGCCAGUGCCGACGCACAAGACGACUCGGAAGCAACUGAGAAUGCACCGGCACCGGCGCAGUCGUCAAUAGACUUCCCUGCUCCGAAUAUAGUCUUGUUGACAAGCAUGUUGCGCGGAUUUGUGGACUCAAAAUCCCUUGAUGGCGCCUCGCGUCUUGUGGAGCGAAUUCAUUCAAAGCUCUCGGAAGAGGAUGUCAUGGAUGACCAGUUACAAGCAGCACUGUCUACUUACGAAGAACUUCAAGCCCAUGCAGAGAUUCAACGAGCCAAUCCUGGCGUUCGCGACGAUCUAUUCCAUUUGAAGAUCAUGCCCGGCUCCAUCCAAGCCUCGACUCAGUAA